AUGAUGCGGCUUCCCAGCCUCCCCAACGAAAUUAUCGAUCACAUAUUGGGCUUCGUCCCACGAUCUGAUCUUGCAAAGCUCUGCCGGGUUAAUAACUCCCUGCGCCACUCUACUGAGCCCUUUCUUUAUUCUACGAUUUUUCUGCACUGGUAUCACCGUGAAAUACCUCCAGUUAUCCCGCUCCUCCGCACCCUCCUGGAGAGACCAGAGCUGUUCGUCUACAUAGACUCGAUAACUCUGUGUGGAACUGACUUUGGAGCUGGGGUAACACGUCCUCUUCUGGAUACGACUACAAUACCCCUAGAUCAAUUCCAAGCUGCGAUCAAGCAGACCCAGGUCCCUUAUAUCAGCUUGUGGAUUGAUCAGUUAAGGUCAGGCAGUAUAGAUGCACUUGCUGGCCUUUUAAUCGUCAAUCUCUCCAAGACUGUAUUCCUCGCCAUCACCCACAACUUCAUUCAUGAGUGUGAAAUCGUCCCUCGAGUUCUACAGUCUAAAAUCCUUGGUCAAUUACCUCAGUUUACAACUUUUGGCAGGCUGCCUAAGUUUGAGCAGCUGAGCCACUUGGUUUAUUGUAAGCAGAGAGACGAUCCCUUUGAAGAAUAUGAUGAUGAUGAGUAUUUCAUCGAGGCUAUAUCUCUGCUUUGCCUUCCAAGUGUCACAGUCUGCCAAAUCCAGAAGUAUUCUACUGGCCAUUUGAUGAGCCUAACCUUGACCAUCUGA